CCGAGUGCAGUCGGGUCUGUGUCGGUUUGAAGUUAGGAUUCGCAAAUGCUGGAGCGAAUAUUGCUCAAUUUUGGAAUAUUGCAGUUAGUGAUGGUAGUGAAUGUACGGAAUAUCUUGAUUCUGAAUUUGUUUCAUUAGGAACACUCGUGAAUAUCUUUCAUAGAACUUGAAAGCGAUAUUAGUGAACAUUCUCCUGUAGUGUUGUUGUUGUUACAUUUUUCGAUUAGUGUGUAGUCCUUAGGGAUGGGAUGGUAUUGCGUGAAGAAAUUUUCGCAGAAAUUGAUUGCACAGUACGUACAGUGAAGCUCUUGAUAAUCACGACCAACUUGGUAGAAAUUUUGAUUAUUUAGUGCAGAACGAUUUACAAUAAGUGAUUGUAAUUAAGGUGACUAGAAAGUUUUAAAGCUUUCUUUUGAAAAAUUGGUGUGAUAUUUUAUUCCGAACUAUUUUGGAAAUCAUAUUUGAAUUGGAAAUUUAUUGCUCAAAUGUCGAGUGAUCAAUGAAAUUGUGUGGAAUAUAGUUGAACGGGAGUACAUCCAUCUAUAAAUUAUAUGAGAACAUAGUUUUCCGUUGUUUCUGUUGGUGGAUCCAGUCCAGCCAGCAGCAUCCAGCCAUCAUCGUCAGUGUGUUGCUCUCACAGUAGGAGAAUAUCUCCUGAUGCUCUUUCGGGUUCGCAGUUGCGGGCGUGACUGGAAAAAGCAUAGUCAGACAAUAGGGAAGUGAAAAUUUUCAUCCCAGUCGUCGGUGGUCCAGGAAGUGCUAGUGCAAGAGUUGUGCAAGACACAAAAUUUGUGAUUGGAUUUUGGGAUUUUUAAUUGCGUUAAAAAACGAGAUUUUUCUGGUGGAACUGUGGAUUACCAUUCUCUCAGCGCCUGGCAGGAUUGGAGCGAUCAGUACAGUUCCAGUCGGGUGAAAGAUCACAAAACCAUCGCCGAUAUUGUUGUUCUAAUGAUACUCAAAUGACAUGUAAACACGAAGUGAUUACAACGCCGCUCAUUCAUCAAUGAAAAGCGACUUUUGUUUACGUCGUCGGCACGGCUCGAGAUGAUAACCCGGCGUGUUUAUUGGCUAUCAUCGUCGUCUUCGUCGUCUGGGGGCGCGGAGGAAUAUGCCCAUUGAGGAAAGCACAGCGGGCAGCAUCGGCGGACGAAGUGAGGGGGUGUGCUAUACAACAAGCGGUGAAGAAAAUCCUGAUAAGUCAGGCAGUUCUAAUCUCCCGAACGAAUAAAUUAGAAAUGUUCUCAUUCUCUGCCGUCUAAUCGUUCCGAUUGAUUGGGUGUUCGGUUGAUAAUCAUUAGUGAGCGAAGAUCGUGAGAAGUGUGUUGCAUAUUUCGAAAUCGUGUGAUAAGCUCAAAUUUUACAACGGAAGCAGGAAGCUCGUAGAAGUUUUUGGUUGCAUCAGAAUAGUGGCUCUAGACUAGUGUGGUUGGGAAUAUUGUGCUCUAAAUAGUUUUCACAGUGGAAACUAUAUCUUAGAAGAUUAAAUAGAAACGGAAGAAGCUCAACAUGUUCCAGUGCAUCAUACAGCAACGAAAUGGAUGGAUUCAUCAGCCAAGUCCGGAGUUUCGGGAUGUUUUUCCAGACAUCCGACAGCAGCUCAAUGAACAGCUCAAGUUUCUCGACGUACGCAUGGAGUCGCAGAUAUCGCUCAUUCAGGAGCUGCAGGAUUUCUUCCGACGGCGCGGUGAAGUUGAACUGGACUACAGCAAAAGCCUGGACAAGCUGGCCAAAAGUCUACAGCUGCGACACAAGGAACAGCGACAGAAACGGGAACAAUGGCCCAUGUUCUCAUCGUACUCCUGCUGGCAACAGCUGGUCAAUCAGACAAAAUCCCUGUCCAAAGAUCAUGCAGCCCUGUCGGAGAUCUACUCAGUGCAUCUUGUAGCACGAUUACAGUCAGUUUGGGACGAUGUGCAACGGAUAUACAGGAAGUGCCGAGAAAUUGGCUUCGAAACACACGUGGAGAUCCUCCGAAUCUUGCAGGAACUACACACCAACAUGAAAACUUAUCACACGUAUCAGACGGAGGCCAAAGAAGCAGAGAAGAAGCUCCGAGCCGCCGAAACUCAACGCAUGAAGCUGCAGCAGAGCGUACCGAAGGAGAAACUAGAGCGCAGCAAAAAGUACAAGCUGAUCGAGAAGGAGGUGCUGAAGCGCAAAAACAAAUACACCGACGCAAGACUGAAGGCCCUUAAGGCCAAAAACGAGUACCAGUUAUGUUUGGAGGCGUCCAACACGACCAUUCACAAAUACUUUGUGGAGGAUUUGAGUGACCUGAUCGAUUGCAUGGAUCUCGGUUUUCACUCGGUCGUUUCGCGGGCACUGUUGAUGCACGUAUCAGCAGAUCAGGGUCGCUGCCGAGCGGUCCUAAACAACACGGAUACCCUGUCACACAUUAUCAACUCGAUGGACAGUCGGGCCGAUAAGCAGAAGUUCCUUGAGCAGCACAGUGCUGCAUUCAUGAUUCCAAAACGGCUCGAAUUCCAGGGACAGGACGAGGAUAUCGAGCCAGAAUUGCAAAAAGCCCUGCACCAGGAGAUGGAAUCUCGGCUGGUGCAGCUGGAACAACGGGUCAACAACCUGCGAAUGGAAUCGGAGGAAAUUUGGAAAACGUUGGAAACGGCCGAAAUCAACCUGCUGGAAAUACUCAACACAAAGGACUACGACUGUAGUACGGCGUUUGGUGAUGGGGCCCUCGGGAUCACCAAACCAGAAAAUGCGUCCCUCAAGUUACGGUCGGACAAGAAUGAAAUUGAAGAAUUUUACAUCACGAAAAUACGCGAAUACAUUCUCGCCACAUCUCGAAUAGCACGGCUCGACUCGAAGGCGGAGUUCUUGCGGAGCGCUUUGACGAAGGAUUCCGCCGUCAAAGCCGACACGCUGACCAAGUCGAACGUUCCGAAGCGGAAGCGUAUCGGCCGGAUGAACAAAUCCGGCCGACCGAAACUGUUCGGUGGUUCACUGGAGGAGUACCUGGAAGUCACCAGCGAGGAGAUUCCACUAAUACUAAGGAGCUGCAUUCGGGUCAUAAAUUUGUUCGGACUACAUCAUCAGGGUAUUUUCCGGGUGUCUGGAUCUCAAGUAGAAAUAAGUAAUUUUAAGGAAGGAUUUGAGCGGGGAGACGACCCGCUUGCUGAUACCACUGACGCAUCGGACAUCAACUCGGUAGCCGGUGUGCUUAAGUUGUAUCUACGUGAACUUCGGGAACCACUGUUUCCGCUAAUUUACUUCGACCACUUUGUUUCCUUGGCACAACUUGAGUCGAAACACGAAAUCGUGUUGGGCAUUCGUAAGUUCUUCCAGAGUCUACCAAAGUCCGUGGUAAUCGUGAUACGGUAUCUCUUCGCAUUUUUGAAUCACUUAUCGGAAUAUUCGGACGAAAACAUGAUGGACGCCUACAAUUUGGCCAUCUGCUUCGGACCUACGUUGAUGCCAGCUCCGGAGGACAAAGAUCAGGUCCAGUAUCAGAACCAGGUCAACGAGCUGAUCAAGAAUAUCAUAGUCUACCAUGCGGAGCUGUUCCCGAAAGAUCUCGGUGGCAUGCAGUACGAGAAGUUCAUUUCGUCGGAACCGUUUGAAGACGAUGUGGGUGACUCACCAACUGAACAAGUAUCCGAGGAUCCUGAUUCGGAGGUGUAUCCAUCGGAAGACGAAUCGGAUACAUUCGAGGCGAUUGUGCAGUUCGACUUCAACGCACGAUCGGAGCGGGAAUUGUCGCUACGGAAGGGGGAUAAUGUGAUACUUUAUAAUCAGGUUUCCAAUGAUUGGUGGCGUGGAGCUGUAAAUGGAAAGACUGGUUUGAUUCCAGAUAAAUAUAUUUCACUCAAGAUAAAGGACGAAGACCGCGACAAGAGUGAACACCUCAAGUCUUCCAGCUCGGAGGAAUCGGUUCGGAAGCGGCGGCCCAGCGGCAACAUCUCCAUCAACAGCCAACUUUCGAUCUGCACCAACAAUUCCAACACGCUCUCUAACAUAACCUGUGGUUCGGACUACACGGGCUCCACCAUUAGUACGAGCACGACCCAGGGGGUCGGAAGCGGCACCGUGUCUGGCCCCGCCCUGGGUAGUGGCGGUAUGUCCGCCUCGCCAGCUCAUCCACAGUACCAAACGAUACAGCAAAUGCAACAGCCACCGCCACCGAUCAACAACCAGGUCACGCAUCAACCUCCGCUACCGUCGGCCCAUCCCCUGAUCGGGGAAAAGCUGGCCGCGGAUCUGAAGGAUCCGAACUACAUCCACUACGACACGGUAGACCUCAAGGGGUCAAGCUACAGCUACCACGACGAACCGCACUCGUUCGAAACGUCCGGCGAAUUCCUAGAGGACAUGACCCACUUCACAUUCGAGUCCCAAAAACCCUCGGAACCGAUCUACGCCGAACCAACCAAGAUUGCCGUGCAGCGAGACAAAUCUCCGGCACCGUCGGACAGCAACAGUGGCAACGGAAGCACCGAUGACGCGGACGACACCGUUGAGUUCCGAUCGAAGUUGGGCAGCAUGGGAGUACCAUCGGAGCACUCCAAAUCUUCGCUGAUGUUGAACCGACGCAGCGAUACUCUGCCACUGGGGAAACCACCCGGCGAAGAGGGUGGCAAGCAUCAACGGCUGAGCGAUUCGUUGGCCGGGAUGAACAUGAGCGUGGACGAGAACGGCGAGUCGAGGCCCAUGCGGAAGUUCCAUUCCAAGAGUUUUAGCUUGUCGGAGAAUAAACUCAGCUUGGCGGUGGCGAGUGGUGGGGGUGCUUCCGCGUUGAAUGUGUUCCAGCACAACCGAGAUCUGUGGCAGAAGCGGGCGACGCAAAGUUCCUACCAGAAUUUGACUACGUCGCGAAUUCUGAGCAGAAAUAGAAUCGCGCCGGAUUUGGUGAUGGAUUUGCCUCCGGCUGCGAUCGGGAAGGAUGGUGUUGGAAGUGCUUCCAGAGAAUCGUUGGACAGUGAACUGGAGGACAUGACGUCUGCAGAACGGUUUGCAGCCCAGAAUCAGUGUACGUUAAAGAAGAACGAGCGAUUUUCCACCGAACCGGUAGUAUACGAGAACACAAACACCACCAAGAAGGAAGUCAAGCUGGACGUAAAAGGCACGGUGGACAAGCCCAAAGCAGAGGUUAAACCUCAGGAGAGCAGUAUUAAAACUCCGACAUCGACGGAGAUCCCGAAGAUUGUUGAGGAGAGCGGAGAGGAAAAGGACGUCACCCAAAUCCCGUCCGAAGAGGUGCUUCACAUUGAGGAAUCUUCCAGCGGGGGUGAAGAAACUUUACAAGCUCCUGCUAGUAAAGAGCUUGCCAAAAGUCCCAUUCCGGCGAGGAACACCCAAAAGUUUGUCUCGCAGUUUGCCGAUCUGCACCUGACCGGCGGUUGUCUAGUGAAGUCGUCGGAGUGCACUUCAGGCGCGGCAGCGACUUCGUUAGCACAAGAACAGCAAGCAAAGAAUCUCAGUUCCUUCAAGCCACAGGUCAAGGUUAAACCGCAGAUAUUGAAGAAACCCCAGGUGCUUCCGCCGCACACACCAGAGAUGGGACGGAGAGCGCAGGACUAGGGAAGGCUGAUGGGGCUGGGAUCCCGGUCCAAAACACUCAAUCUGUAAGUGAUAUACCAAAUAAAUGCAUGUGUUGAAAUAGUAGGAGAGCGAGAUGGGUGCGAAUGAUUGUGUGCGUGCGCACGGGAAUUGGAAAACACAGGGUCCGUCCCGGAGAAAAGAAAGAGGAAGGUCGCUAUUGAGUUGAAAACAGGGACGAUAAGAAAACUGAAAGUCAUGAACCCCUUUUUAGAACGGCUUUUGGCUCGCAUUUUAAGGCUUUUGAUGGUAGCGUAGAAACGUAGCGAAACGGGGGAAAACACCAAUAUUUGAAUAACAAUAAAAGAAUACUAUAAUAUUUAAGACUGGAUUGGUACAAUAUACAAAUCGAAGUGAAAUAAUUUAGAUGAAAACAAACACAGGCCAGAAAUUAGAGCACACAUUAGCAGUAGACCUAUUCUCUCAAAUCAAAGAAAUCGAAUUUCUAAGUCAGUAGAGGUAUCUUUUUUAAGUAUAAUUCAUGUAGAUUGUGGCACAUUCAUUUUAGUUGAAGCCAAACUCAGUACUCGAACAUCACAAGUUAUUAAAUUUACUCUUUAGAAAAGAUAAAUGAAAUUUUAGGAUCUGAUAUAACCGUCUGUUGGAAGAAUUGUAUGUAUUCCUUUUAUCGUUUGGAUCAUAAUCAUAAUCGACAUCGAAUUUCUAGGUUAGAUAUUGUUUUAUCCACAAUUUCGUAUUGUAUCGUCGAACUUAUAUUUUACACUAAAAUUGAAAAUUUACAUUAUUCGAACAUUUUGAAUUAAAAUAAUUUUAACAUUGAUUCUGCUGCAUUACCCGCCGAUUUUUUAUCAAUGAUUUUAAAUUCUAAAACAAGAUUUGAAAUGUAAAUCCAAUCCGAUCGAACACCGAUAAGCAAAAUAUGAAUCAUAGAGGCGAACAAACUUUAAACAAAUCAUGCAAUAAAAGUUUUGUUGUCCAUAGGAAAAAGUAAAAACACGCAAAUAGAUCGCAAACAAAUAACGUAUAGAAGAUAUUUAAAGAACUUCAAGUCAAAUAAAACCAAAUACAGCAUGUUAUAGAUGUAGGCCAUUUACAGAGAAAUAGCGGGCUCGCGGAGUCUCGAGAUGUGAACAAAUAUUUAUCCACCAAUCAGUGAUGAUGUGUUUUUAUACAUGUUGGAAACCGGAUGGAGUCCUUGCGAUUUGUAAUAACUCCGAAAAGCAACAACAGAUCUGGCUAAUUAUCAAAGGAUGUUUAAUUUCAUAAUUGCAUUAUCUAACAUUUGUAUAUUACAAUGUCUGAAAGGUGAGGUUGUUUCGCACGACCUAAGUUCGCUAGACAGGAGCCAAAUAUUUCACAUGUUGUGCAUAGGCAUAUCGAGUUUUAGACAUUGUAAUUAAUGACCAUGACGGGUGGGCAAUAUCCUGAAUAUAUGAGGCAAUUAUUUUGAACUGCAAUGUUUCAGCAAACGUGAUUUUUGCCAACAAUUCGGUGAAAGUGUCAUUUAAAUUACUGGGGUACGGACAAUAUUUUGCUGUUCAGCACGUUUAGGUGACAUUUUCAUCUAUAUUCAAUUCACAAUUUAUUAAACUUUUGUGUCCAUUUUGUCGAGCUCUAAAACACAAAACCUAUACAAAGUUUGCCGUUUCCAAAGUGGACUCUAUCGAUAAUAUGCAAUAUUUGGCGAAACAGUAAAAUAAACAAGUAUUCGAAACAAGGGAGCUACAUAUAUCGAAAACAUAACUAAAAUAAUGUUAUCAGAAAUAAACAAAACUAUUUUAGUGCUGUCUAAA